GGUAAACAAUCGAUACCAACAUUUUGCAUUUGUUAAGACUAGACAUAAGAAUGAAUACUAUACAGGUGUAAAUAUGCUUGAUUAAGUAUAGAUAUUUCUGAUAUCCAACAAGUGCAAAAGUCAGCUGCAUUUCCAGCUUGACAGAAGGCACAUAGGAUAAAUAAUUCGACCAUCGAGCCAGAGCGGUAAUCACAAUCUCUCGAUGUCUUUGGUAAGCUCUGUGUCGUGGUGUCUGGGGCCUGCAUUAGAAAAUUGAUACGAACUUUUUAGAAUCUGCUUUCAUUAAAUCUGUAUUUUGUAACUGAAUUACCUAAUGACGGCAUUCUCUCGCGCUUCGUUCUAUCAAUUUGUCUCUUCGCCGUCGAUUUAAAAAAUUGUUCGACUCGUUUGCUUGUGUAGCUCGGGAUUUGUCAACCUCAAUAGACCAUCGUAUGUCGUAUAAUUUUUGAUUGUUCAGUUGAUGGAUUUCUUAAGCUCACUACGAUGCACUUGCUGCGGCAUUGGAUAGAUGAGGCUCGUUCUAUGGGUAUCCAUAGUGAUCAGUCAGUAAGGAAUUCUUCUGUCAAUAUGAAAAAAACUUCAAUUUCCCACGUUGAAGCAGUUACAGUUUGGCAGAGAAGACGUCGAUGCGUUUUGCUUCAGCAAAUAUCUACUCAGGGCAAGAAAAAGCUCUGUUGUUUCAGCGAAGAGCACUUUUAAAUUUUAGUGCUCGCGAGUACAGGACAAUCAAGUUCAAGAA